AUGCCCACCACCUGUGUUUUUCAGCUGGAUCGCCUAAAUCCAAUCUACAACAGCGGCGAAUACAUCAGCGGACGCAUUCUGCUGCGUACGGACAAAGUGAAGCGCGUAAAUGCUGUAUAUGUGACCUUGGAGGGUGAGGCCAAGGUUCAGUGGUCCAUGAGCGGCAAAAGUGAGACCUCAAACUAUUCGGGACAUCAGCAAUAUUUGCACACCCGCACCAAUGUCUUCGAUAAUUCACUGUUUCGCGCCGGUGUCCAUGUUUACGUUCUCACACUGCGCAUCCCCCCCGAUUGCCCCAGCACCUGCAAGGGUCCCUAUGGCUAUAUUGCGUACAACAUCUCGCUGACCAUCGACAAGCUCUGGGGCUUCGAUGAAGUCUUUCGCAAACCGAUUAUGGUUGUGCAAACGUUGGAUCUCAAUUAUAACGCUGAGUUUGCGCUGCCCGUCAAGGAUGAGAAUAUCAAAUACCUCUGCCAUUGGCCCUGCAUCUCGGGACCGAUUAGCACCAGUUUGGCGCUGCCCGUUUCUGGCUUUGCACCGCUCCAGGAUGUGCCCUUCAGCGUGGAGAUCGACAACCAAUCGCCGCAUUACGAUAUCGUUGGUGUUGAGGUGUCCAUAAAGCAGCAUUUCGUUUUCCUCUCACGAAAACCGGUGAAGCGAAACUUCUAUACGAAGACGCUGUGCAAAGAGGUCGUCACAGAUCGCACCUUAAGACUGUCCAAGCGAGUGUACGAGUCGACCAUAAUGGUGCCCAUGGACACGCCCCGCUCCACACUGAAUCCCAACUACAUUGUAUUCGUACACUAUUCGCUGCAGGUGAAGCUGAAGACGGGCUUUUUUCACUACGAUACUGAUCUAUCUGUGCCCAUUGUGGUCGGCACCACUCCCCUGCAUCAUCUGCGUGGAACGGUGCGCACCAAUCAACCAGGACGACGCACGCCGACGCCGACGCCGGAGCGACAGCGUCUGAUUGAACGCGUCCAGCCGAGACCCGCAACGGUGGAUGAGGAGACCGAACAGGAGCCCGAAACGGCAGUCGAACAGGCGCAUCAAGUCCUGGAGGAUGAUGAGCCGCCAUCCUAUGAUAGUUGCCUGCCGCCUUCGUUUAGCUUUGCCACAUUGGCUGGCAGCCAGCAGACACUGGAGAGUCAGCAAUUUCCCCAACCACGCAUAGUCUUGCCAAAGUUCCCGGGCUUUAGUACGCUUAUAGGCACUGCGCCGGCACAUGGAAUGGAGGACUCUGGACUGGACAUGCAUCACUAUCGCUCGUAUGGCUCACUGGACACGGAUCACACGGGUCGCAGUCUGGAUACGUUCGGUUCGCUCUGUGGUCCCCUGUCUGAGCAGGGUGAGCUUGUCGAAGUUGAGGAGGAUGAGGAGGUGGAGGAGCUGGCUGUGCUGGAUGUAACCGUUCAGGUGCAUCCAACAGCUCCGCUGCAGGCUCAGGAGGAGCAUCAAUUCUAACUUCAAGUGUCUUAAAUUAAUCCAUGGUGGUAAUAUAUAAAUAAGAUUGUAAUAGACUUAAGU